AACAUGGAAGGCGCGACGGUGCCACGGCCUGCCGCUCCUCAGUCUCCGGCUGCCGUGCCUCUGUCGUGCACCCUAUGCAGGAAGCGUAAAAUCAAGUGUGAUAAGCAGAACCCAUGUUCAAAUUGUGUCGCUGCCCAAAAGGAGUGUGUUCCCGUCGUUCGCGCCAGAUUGCCGCGUGGGAGAAACGGAGGUCGCAAGGGCAUAAACUCUGAACUACGCAACAGAAUCAACCGCCUGGAAGGCCUCGUACAGUCUCUCAACUCGGGUCUGCUACCGGAUAAUGCCAACCUUGACUCUGCGCCGCCAAAGACGCGCACAAAUAUCGACAAUCAAACAUCCACUUUCUCAAUCCCGUCUCCGAUAAAGCAACAGCCUUUUGACUCACGCGAGGCUACUCCGGAUGUUACGAGAUGGCCCUUGGGCUCAACACUCUGGACCCAACUGGCUCAUGAACUUAACGAUAUUCACACAGUCCUUGACAAUGAGGACGACGAUGAUGACCAUGACGAAGACAUUGACUCGAGCCCGCCUUCUGUACCUACAGAUUGUAGUGGGACACCAGGAGAUCUGCUUUUUACUUCGCAGUCAAUUGUCACUCCUGUGGUCUCGAACAGCGAUAUAUUGGAAUACAUCAAGAUUUUUAGACGGAACGUCGAUUACAUUCUGAAAUUCGUUCACCUGCCCAGUUUCGAAAUGCUCUUGACAGCAAAAGAGCCAUACCUGGGUCAUUUGCCGGAGAGCCCAGCCACUCAAGCACUAAUCGCAAGCGCUUUUUAUGCUUGCAUCUGCAGCAUCAGCAAUUCUCAUUGCUUGUUCGUCUUCAACAANAAGAGAGAGGAUCUGAGGAAUGAGUGGCAGCAAGCAACCUUCCAAUGCCUCGCUCAGGUUGAAAUUGUCAANAGACCAAGCUUAGUGACCCUGCAGGCACUAUUGCUUUAUAUAGUCACAUCAGGACGAUCAACAAAGCUGGAUGCUGAUCUCGCUGGCCGUUAG